CCAAACAAAGGCGCCGGUCGCGUUUCCCAAAUGACUGAGUUAACUUCGGGAGGUUAAUCUAUGAGUUAAACCUCGAGCCACAUUUACUGUAGCCUACAUUAGACAACAAUGUGUUCAGUUGAGUCUUUGAGAGAGUUUGUCAACGAGCGACUAACUGCUGCUGCUGAAGAAAUAUUGGGAGUUUUUCAAAGAAGCAUCGUCGAGUACGAGGAAGAGAUCGAUCGUCAGCGCAGACUGUUGGAUAUCGUUUUGAAGCCUGAAAUAAAGUUACACAGGACAGAGCUCCCACAGCAACAUGUGUGUAAGGAGGAGGAGGUUGUCCCUGAGCAGCAGCUCUGUAUUGAGGAGAGGAAGUCCAGUGUGGACCAAGAGGAGCCAGAGCCUCCACACAUUAAAGAGGAAGAGGAGGAAGUGUGCAGCAGUCAGGAGGGAGAGCAGCUUGUAGUGAAGCAGGAGACUGAUGGCUUUAUGUUGACUCCUGCUGAUGAGGAAAGUGAGCAGAGUGAAGAUCAGACUCUGGACUUCAUUCAUGAUGACACUCAAAGUGCAGCAGAGAAAGAGUCUGUAUUUAAAAUGCCAGUUAUAAGCUCUGUGAUAUCAGAAGCAACCAGUGAGCACCAGCUGCUCUGUCACAACUCUCAUGUAGCUGAGAGCCAAGAUGAGGAAGAAUACCAGCAUGGAGACUCAGGAUCAACUAGAAACACAGAGCUUCAAGCAGAGAAAAGACAUCAUGAAAGUGAAAUGAACAGUAACAGUCCACACACCUCUGCUGUGAUAAACUUAAAUACAGGUAAAAAGCCUUUAAAAUGUGACAUAUGUGGGAAAGUUUUUGAGUGCAAGUCAAAAUUGCAGAGACACCUGAACAGCCACACAGGUGAGAAGCUGUUUUCUUGCAAAACAUGUGGGAAAAGAUUCAGUGACACAUCAGCAUUGAGCGCUCAUAUAAGAACCCACACAGGUGAGAAGCCGUUCCUUUGCAAGACCUGCGGGAAAAGAUUCAAUGAGAAGUCAGUAUUGAAAAGGCAUUGUAGAAUCCACACAGGCGAGAAGCCGUUUACUUGUGACGUAUGUGGGAGAGCUUUUGGACAUAAUGGUCACUUGUUAGUCCACAUGAGGACUCACACAGGUGAGAAGCCGUAUACUUGUAACCUAUGUGGGAGAUCUUUCAGGCGUAAUGAUUACUUGUUAGUCCACAUGAGGACUCACACAGGUGAGAAGCCGUAUAUUUGUAAAGUAUGUGGGCGAGCUUUCAGACAUGAUGGUCACUUGUUAGUCCACAUGAGGACUCACACAGGUGAGAAGCCGUAUACUUGUAACGUAUGUGGGAGAGCUUUCGGACGUAAUGGUGACUUGUUAGUCCACAUGAGGACUCACACAGGUGAGAAGCCGUAUACUUGUAACGUAUGUGGGAGAGCUUUCGUACGUAAUGGUGACGUGUUAGUUCACAUGAGGACUCACACAGGUGAGAAGCCGUAUACUUGCAAAACAUGUGGGAAACACUUCAGAUCUAGGAGUAACUUGACAGGCCACAUGAGAACGCACACAGGUGUAAAGGUGCGUGACUUGAGCACAGAGGUUCCAGUUGAAGUCACACAUAUACAGGAGAGAGACGGUUUACAUGCAAAACAUGUGGCAGAGCUUUCAGAGGCCUGUUCCAUAAAGCAUGCUAAGAAAAGUGGGGAGUGAAGUCCAAAUCCUGAAUUUUAAUUGAAAUUGCAGGUCUGGAAAAGUUCAACUAGUGAGAUAAAGAACAAAAGGAGGUGACUGCUUUAAAGUCUGAAUGAAUUUUAUACUUGCAAGAGUCAUGGAAAACCUGGAAAAGUCAUGAAAUUAGUCAAAAUCAUUAUAAGUCACAGAACUUGUUUGUGUAUAGUGAAAUUAUUAGAAUGAUCUUCAGUGGAUAACCCUCCAUAUAAUGUAACAUAAUGGCAAAUUCAUUUUCUGCAGCUGGCGUCUUAAUGUAGCUUUAAUAUACGUCGAUGUGUGACAAUGUUUGUUUACCAUCAGGUGUGUUUUGUCAUUUUCUCCCUCAGUUUGUCUCUCCCUUCCUGUGUGCCAAUUAUGUUUACAUAGAGUUUGAAUCUGAUGUUUGAAAAACGCCGGGCAAGUGGGGAAAGAAAAAGAAAAUUCUUCAUUAUGAGUCCUUGAAAAGUCAUGAAAAAGUUUGGAAAUAUUGUCCAUGAAAAUGUGAGCGGA